CUUCCAGAAAUGAAGAGGGUUCUCAGGGAGGAGCUCUGAAACACAACGUUCCACAGCCUGGCAACAAAGCAAAUUCAUCGAAGUGAUGACAGGACCCGGGGAGAAUGAUGCUUUAUUUGGGCUGGUUAUUUCUUUGGCUUGUCACAGGAGAGAGAAUUAAAGAAAUGACUACUUCAGAUUGCUUCACCAAGAACCUGCUUUGGGAAUAUUCCUCAACGAGGGAGCAAUUUAUCUUAUUUUGUAACUUAACAGAGUCACAGACAUGCCACUCAUCCCACAGAAGUGAACUCUCACCAACCCAAGGUUCUGAAAACUUGCCCUGGAGUGGUUACAAGGACCUAUCUGAUGUCCAGUGGUAUCUACAACCUCAAAAUGGAGAUUCACCAUGGGAAAUAAUGAACAACUCUGCUCACGUCAUUGAAAAGGGCAUCCUACACUUUUUGACCAUGGAAAUACAUAAUCCUGGAUCAUAUAUCUGUAGGCCCAGGAUUAGGAGCCCUUGUUGUGUCAAGAUCAUCUUAGAAGUUAAGCCCAAGACAAAACUACCCUGUAUACCACAAAACUCUGUAUCACAUGAGCAAUACCUUCUUCUUGGUAGCACUGCCCGAAUUCAUUGUCCCAGCCUCAACUGCCAAAGUGACGCACAAAGUCCAGAGGUGACCUGGUACCAGAAUGGAAAGCUACUCCCUGAAGAAAGGAGCAACUCAAUCCUUGUGGAUGAAGUUUACGAAGAACAGGAAGGCACAUAUGUAUGUGAUUACACGGAGUCGGUUAACACAAGUUCACGAACAGUCAGAGCUGUUGUUCAAGUGACAACCAUCGUGAAAGACACUAGUCACAAACCAGAUAUUCUGGAUCCCAUCAAGGACACGCUGGAAGUAGAACUUGGAAAGCCUUUAACUCUUAACUGCACGGCACGAUUUGGCUACCAAAAGGACUUUAUGCCUGUAAUAAAAUGGUACAUUAAAGAUUCUGACCGGGAGUGGGAAGUCCCAACAUCUGAGGAGAUCAGUGUAAAAUCUACCAAAAAGGAUAAAGUCAUUGCCCGCGUUAUCCACUUCAAAGAAGUUACCCAGAGGGAGCUUCGCAGGAAGCUUAUUUGCUUUGCCCAGAACUCCAUCGGGAACACUACCCAGUCCCUCCAACUGAAAGAAAAGCAAGCAGUGGUGUUCCUAUACAUCCUGCUUGGCACCGUCAUGGCCCUGGCAGGCAUGCUGACGGCAGCUGCUCUGCUCUACAUGUACUGGAUUGAAAUAGUCCUGCUGUACCGAACCUACCAGAACAAGGAUGAGACCCUCGGGGAUAAAAAGGUAUUUGAUGCUUUUGUAUCUUAUGCAAAAUGGAGCUCUUUUGGGAGUGAGGUCACUUCCUCUCUGAGCGAGGAAUACCUGGCUCUGAAUCUGUUCCCUGAAGUGCUGGAAAACAAAUAUGGAUACAAUUUGUGUUUGCUCGAAAGAGAUGUGGCCCCAGGAGGAGUGUAUGCGGAAGACAUUGUGAACGUGAUUAAGAAAAGUAGAAGAGGAAUAUUUAUCUUGAGCCCCAGCUAUGUCAGUGGACCCAGUGUCUUUGAACUACAAGCCGCAGUGAAUCUGGCCUUGGAUGAUCAAACACUGAAACUAAUUUUAAUUAAGUUCUGUUCUUUCCAAGAGCCAGAGUCUCUACCUCAUCUUGUGAAAAGAGCUCUCCGCGUUUUGCCCACAGUCACUUGGAGAAACUUAAAAUCAGUCCCUCCCAAUUCCAGGUUCUGGACUCAGAUACGCUACCAUAUGCCAGUGAAAAACUCGGAAGGAUUCAGGUGGAACCAUCUUAGAAGUAUCCCUGAAUUUUUUCACUGGAAAUGACUCAGUGAAACAGAAACCACUGGGAGGAGCUCCCAGCCUAGGAAAUGGUGAAGCAGACCUUGAGCCAUCUCCUCCUGGUCUCUGGUGAGUAGAGAUGUGGAUGGACAGAACACUCAUGGACAGAACACACAGCACGGAUCAGCUCAUAGAAGAUGGGAAGUGUUUUGUGACUCUGAGCAAGCCUGGCAGGCCUGGGAAUAACCCUGAAGCUCUGGAUAGUGCCUCCGAUAGCCUCUGGACAGAGGGCGAGUACAUUCUCCAGAUGCUUGCACACAUUCAGCACACAAUGCCCCUCAGACUUUCCAAGCGGUCUGAGCUGAAUUGGCAGAUAUAGUCACUUUUGCUUUGUGUUUAUCGGCUACCAGGCCUGCUAUUUGUUAUAUGUAUAUAUAUAUAUAUAUAUAUGUACAUUUAUAUCUAUUUGGAAUCAAAUAAAUAUUAUUUUAUUCGAAGUGACUGAUUUAAACUUUGCCUAAAGCUUUUCUGUUAAAAAAAAAAAAAGUUCUUACUCCACAUUCACCUACUGACUCUGGAGCAAAGAAAGUAAGUGGGAAAGGCAGAAACCGGGGGGGGGGGGGCAGGUGCAGAUGGGGCCACCAUCAGUUACUACUCUGUCCUUGAGGGAAGCGCACCCUCUGAGCAGAGGAAAUAGAGGAAGGAGCGCUUCCUAUGAUGGGCAAGGGGGGUAGUCUUAUGCUGGACACAAGGCCAGGCGAGCAGCUGCUCCUUGUCCCGCUGGCCAUUGGGCAGGGCAUGAAGAACACCACCUUACUCCGGUCCACUGGAAAUGGAGACCAAGCAGGUCAUCAUGACUGGGCCAAUGAGGAGACAAGGAACAGCUUAGCACUUACAAGGUAGAAAGGCAAUGACAAGAGUUAGCAGCCAAGGUACAAGUCUGGGAAGUGUAUACUUUGUUUAAAAGACAACAAGGAUGGAGCUUGGAUAGAGCUUUGGUCUGAGCCGCUUGCCAUUGAGGCUACAUUCCUUGCAUGUGCUUCCUGACCUACUGAUCUCAGCUGAGUCCUGAGUAACAGGGCAAUAUGCCAGUAGUUUUCCUGACCACCAAGGCGGAUCUCAUUCUCGUAAAUUCAUUUUCCUUAGGAGAGUUCAAACUAUAGUCACAACAGUGUUUUGCUCCCAGAGGACUAUAAAAUCUUCACCCUCUGCCAUCCCUGUCUGAAUGGAAUGAUUCGUCUAAGCAAUGAAGACAAGCAACUUCUGGGCUCAUUCAAAUGUAAUAUGUCACAUUCCCUGGUCCAAACGCCAGCCAAGUUCAGAAUGGUGAAAAGGCAUCAUUGUCUGGCUACUGCUUGGAGCCUGUAUGAAAUGCUCUUGAGUGGUUUUUCCACAGAGGCUCCCACAUCAGAAAAACCACUGCGGCUUUGGCAUCAAGCGACAUCCUUGUUGGGAAUUUCAGUGAUGAAGUUAAAGAUGAGUUAAAAGGUAUAAAUUAUUCCUGGAGGAAGUUUCUUGUGGGAAGGCUCAUUGUAGGGUCUCAGUGGGGAAAGUAUCCACACUGUCAUUGUGCCCUUGUGCUAUGGUGAUGGCCAGCAUCCCUGCUUUCCCUGCCAGCUGCUCACUGAGCUCUAAGACUCAGAAACCUCUUUGGGCCAGUUGACCCAGGUUUAUUUUAUUUGAAAAUAAAUUUUGCUAAAACUUAUCAA